AUGCGCACAAACUGCGAGCCGGCACUGCAAUCGGUGAUGCCGGCAGGCAUCACCAUCUGCUUCGGUGACAAGUGCUCCCUCGGCACGAAGCCUGCGCAGCUUCAGUCCAUUAUUGCCAGCAAGUACUGCGAGGACCCACUCGAGGAGUCCACAACCAUCCGCCUGGAUGCACAACUCAACUACGUCGGCGACUCUCACGUCGAUGUGACCUGCACAGUGGGCAGUUUGGUUCUUACGCAACUGCAAGUCACUGGCGAGAUCGUCAUUGAGCUGGUGAGGCUCCAGAAGAACCCUCCAUGGUUCAGCGGAGUACGGAUCUAUUUCUCCAACCGCCCAAAGAUCGAUUUGGUGGUUCAAACGGAAGUCCUCGGCCUCAACGCCAACUUCGAGUUCAUCAAGCACCCAUCUGCAAGCAGAGCGCGGGUCCAAUCUCGGAGCACUUCUCAGCUCUCAGCCAGAAGAUCUAGGCCCCACCACCGAAGCCAACCACUGUCAGCAGCAGCAUCAGUCAUCGUCUUUGUCGUUCUUAGCGGGGUGGUGCGUGUGGCAAGGGCAGUGGUGGUAGAAGAUGAUGAGGCAGAAGCUUGUGACUGCGCUGGGCGAUGUCAUUGCGGGCCAGGCGGUUCUUCCAAAUCGCUUCUGCGUGCCUGGAUCAGCAAAUCGGGAAGUUGGUUUUAA